AUGUAAGAAGAAUGUUACAGUGAAGGAUAAAUUAUCAAUACCUUUGAUUCAGCAACUGGUGAUAGUUGUGUUUAUCUAAUUACAUUUGGAAAAGUGGAGGUACUUUAAGAGUUUUAGUUUGAUGAGAACAACGAAGAUUUAACGUUUUGUUUAUUUAUUUUUAGAAACUUUUUUUUAAAUGAAAAAAUAUAAAAAAGGAUUUAAUAUUAGUGUGAUGAUAAAAAAAAGAUGAUUGACUAAUAAAAUGAUGGUAAAAAAACCAUUAAAAUACUUAAGGUAGGAGAAUACUUUGGUGAGUGUGAGUUUUUUACUAAUAGUCCUCUUCCAUACAUAGUCAGAAGUUAAAAAUAUACAACUGUUGCCAAAAUAAAUACAAGUAAAUUCAUUGAGAUUGUUAAAAAAAAUAAGCAAGACUACUAGAAAUACUAAGAAAUCAAGCAUCGAAUACAAUUAAAUAAAGAGACUUAUGCUAUUUCAACAAAAUGUUUAAUUUGUUCAUCAUAUUAUCACCAUUUCAUAGAUUGUAGUGUCACUCAUUAUUUUAAAAGAUCUAAAAUAUUGCUUUUUAAGUAUAUACACUCUCCAUUUCAGUAAAGAAAUGAUCAAUUUAUUAGGAAAAGAGAAAAGCAAUAACACUAAUUUGAUAAUGGGACAUCAACUUAAAAAGUAUCUAUGAAUGAAGACGAUGAAAAUACGAGCUACAUAGAAAAUGAGUUUAACUAUGGAAUGGAUUAUUCAUAAUAACAAAUCUAAAGUACACAGCAUAUUAGUCAAAAGUAUAUAAAUAAAAAUAUGAAUAUAGAGACAGAAACUAUAGAAGAAGUAGAGAAUGAUGAUGAAUCAAAUAAAUACAACUAUCCAAAUAAAUCUUCUCUUGAAAAUGUAAACUAAAUAAUCAACAAUUCCAAAAAAGACCAAUAGUAUGUUAAAUCUAAUACAUUUGGAGAUACUUUUAGGAAUAACUCAUAGGUCAGUAAAUUAGCUAUACAAAGAUAGAGUUUAAGAUAAUCUCUUCUUAAUAGGAGAUUAAGUUAUGAUAAGAAGGAAUAAUUUGAAAAACCUAUUUUUAAAGAAAGAAUUCAAAAACAAACUAGCAUUAAUAUCUUUUAAGAAUAAGGAUAAUAAGCUUAAAUAGCAUAAAAAACACAAAAUAAAUAUUCUGUAUUUGAAUUGCUUAAAAAGUAGAUAAAUGAUACUACUUAGUAGAUUGACUCUAACUCUUCAGAAAAUGAAUAAAACUAAUAAGCUUCUAUUUAAGAAAUAAAUUAAAGGGUGCCUUCGCUUUCCCUUAGUCAAAGAAAUAGCUUAUAGUAAGCUUUUAAGUAAUAUCCAUUAUUUAACUAGUAAUACCAAAUGAAUAGCCUUACUUAUGGAUUCGAAACAUUAUUAAAGAUGAAAUGGGAUACUUCUAUCUACUAUUGGGAGUUUGAUAAAAAGUGCGAAUUUCUAUAUUUUUUUCCUCACCACAAUUUUAAGCAUGUUUUCAAAAAAAUUAUGAAAAAACAUAUCAUUUGGAAAGAUAAAAAAAGAUAAGGUUUUAGAAAAAGCUUUUAACUGAUUCCUAAUACGAAUAGUAUAAAAUGA